AUGGUCAAGGCCGUUGUUGCUGGCGCCUCCGGCGGUAUUGGACAGCCUCUGUCCCUCCUCCUCAAGCUCUCUCCCCUCGUCGAUGAGCUUGCCUUGUACGAUGUCGUCAACACCCCCGGCGUCGCCACCGAUCUCUCCCACAUCUCUUCCAAUGCGAAAAUCGCUGGCUACCUGCCCAAGGAUGAUGGCGCCAAGGCCGCCUUCAAGGAUGCCGAUAUCAUCGUCAUUCCCGCUGGUAUCCCUCGCAAGCCUGGCAUGACCCGCGACGAUCUCUUCAACAUCAAUGCCGGUAUCGUCAAGGGCCUCAUCGAGGUUGCGGCCGAGGUCGCCCCCAAGGCCUUCAUCCUUGUUAUCUCCAACCCUGUCAACUCCACCGUCCCUAUUUCCGCCGAGGUUCUGAAGGCCAAGGGUGUCUUCAACCCUCAGCGUCUGUUCGGUGUCACAACUCUCGACAUUGUCAGAGCCGAGACCUUCGUUGCCGAGAUCUCCGGCAAGUCCACCACCGAGCUCAAUGUUCCCGUUAUUGGCGGUCACUCCGGCGAGACCAUUGUUCCCCUCUUCAGCAAGGUCAAGCCUUCAGUGUCCAUCGCCGACGACAAGUACGAUGCUCUCGUCAACCGUGUCCAGUUCGGUGGUGACGAGGUUGUCAAGGCCAAGGACGGCGCUGGUUCUGCCACUCUCUCCAUGGCCUACGCUGGCUACAGAUUCGCCGAGAAGGUCCUCAAGGCCCUUAAGGGCGAGAAGGGUCUUGUUGAGCCUAGCUACGUCUACCUCCCCGGCGUUCCCGGCGGCGAGGAGAUUGCCAAGAAGACCGGCGUCGACUUCUUCUCCGUUCCCAUCGAGCUUGGCCCCAACGGUGCUGAGAAGGCCAUCGACAUUCUUGGCGACAUCACAGAGAAGGAGCAGAAGCUUCUGGAGGCUGCGGUUGCAGGAUUGAAGGGCAACAUUCAGAAGGGUGUCGAGUUCGCCCACAAGGCUCCCCAAAAGUGA